ACUUUAGAAUAUGUGGAUGUGAUCAAGAAAUGCAAUCCUCAUUUUAGGCCAGAAUGUAUGUUUAUACCCAAAAGAACACUCACGUAUCCCCGUCAACCUGCCAAGAACCAUGGACAUGAUAAUAUCCAAGAUGACUAUAUCUUGCGAGUUCAUGAACCAUUGGGCAACAAGUAUAUCAUUCUGGAUCUUAUGGGACAAGGCACAUUUGGCCAAGUAGUAAAAUGUAAAGCAACAAAGACAGGUGAGUAUGUGGCCAUCAAGGUCAUCAAGAGGCAACAUGCUUUCUUUAUGCAAGGCUUAAAAGAAAUUGAGAUACUCAAGAAACUAAAGCAGAAACAAGAUGAACAUCAUCGAUUUCUUCAACUGAUCCAUUCGUUUGAAUUCAGGGGUCAUUUGUGUGUCGUUUUUGAAUUACUCUCCAUUAGCCUACAGGCCUUGUUUCGACAACAGCCUGUUCGUCCUCGACUGUCGAUCCAUGAUAUACAACAGAUAGCCAUUCCUCUGCUCGAGACAUUAGCACGCUUAAAAGAAAUGCGGAUCAUUCACACUGAUUUGAAGCCAGACAAUAUUCUGCUGAAAGAUCCUGAUCGUCUUCAUGAUGUCAAACUGAUUGAUUAUGGCUCUGCCUUAUUCGAGACAGAUUCACCUCAUUAUCAUAUUCAAACAGCCUUUUAUCGAUCCCCUGAAGUGAUUUUACAAGACGCAUUUGGUUGUGCCAUUGAUAUGUGGUCAUUUGGAUGCUUUGUUGCUGAACUGUGGAUUGGCAAACCUCUGUUUCCAAGUGGUCAUGAAGCUACACUGAUCCAUAUGAUGGUGGCUACUUUAAAACAAUUGCCUCCAGCACACAUGUUACACAGAGCAAAACGAUCCAGCGAAUUCUUUGAU